AUGGCCCCUAUCGGCACACGAUUUUUCUUGAUGUUUCACGUUUUAUUUUUUCUUUAUUUGACGCUUUUAAAUGCCGUAAUAGCAGAUGCUGAUAAAAAUAUAACUGGUAGAAUGUCGAACAACAAUAUGUCUACAAAAACGAAUAGAAUUAAAACAACCACCGUAAAAGCUCCUACAAUUAACUACUCACUAAACACGCAAUCUUCCACUCAAAAAAUCCACUUAUCCAGUGAUCAUCCAACGAAGCCUACACAACCUGGCAAAUUAAUUUCAAUUAGCACCAAAUCAACUACUGAACAAACAAGCACUGAGCCAGAAUUGCAGACCAUCCUGCAAUCUCAAAGCAACGACAGCAAACCGGCCUUCUCUCAGAUGACUGUCACCACAUCGAAUAAUAAUGUAAUCAAUAGUGAACAAUCAACAAGCAAAAAAACAACUACACAAACCAAACAGAAAACCAAUGCUACUUUCACACAAACUACUAGCACCAGACAACCAACCAUAAAAACCAAAAACACCAAAACAACCAUAAAAUUUAUCGAAAAACCAACUACCAAGAGUAAUGCAGAUGAUGAAGAUACAGCAAAUGAGGAUGGGUUUUAUGAAGAUGAUGAAGAAGUUGAAAGUGAAGAUGGUUCUUUGGGGGAUAGUGAAAAAGGUGUUGUAGUAACAACAACUGAAAUUGUACCAAAAGACAAGGUGAAGGUCACUUUAAAAAUUAAUACGGCUCCUAUUGCUGCUAGCAAUGAGGUUGAUGGUAAUGAUGCUGGAGAGGCAAAAAUAAACAAUCUUGGUUGGUGA